AUGGCGACACCUGUAUCGUCAUUAGCCAUACCAAGUCGUAGCAAAGAAGACUCAGAUGACUGGGUCACUAUCCAAAAUAGCCCACGAAGAGCAUCAGCGCCUUCACCCGAACCUAUUCGGCGCGAACCAUCCAGAAGACGGAAGUCCAUACAGAAGCGUCGAAAACACAGGUUUCCCAGAACUUUGCGAGGUGUCAAAAACUUGGUAGCUUCAAAGAUGGGCUUGAGAAGGGCCUCGGUAUCUUCUAGGCAUCAGUUCUCGGGAUCAGGUAGUACUGCGAUCGCUUCUCCCUCCGGCGAUGGCAUAAAUCCUGGAAAUCCAAAUGCCGCAGGGCCAAGAUGUUUGUGGGCUGAGGAGGUUGGCUUAGAUGGUGCAGGACGACUUCCACCAAUUGAAGAUGCCGAUCGUAUACCACUAAUGGCCUUCCCCAUUACUACUGACUGUUACACCUUUUCACCUCAUACGAUGAGCGAGGCAGGGUCCAUGGGCCAUUCCCUUACAUCAAAGGAGACGCCUCUUUUUGAUAUCAAGAAAUGCACUGCAGAGAUUGAGAGGCAGAGGAUCGUGUUGCGCAUCAAGAAUGUAACACGUGCACAAUUGCAGGAUAUUUGUGACCAUGUCUUUUCUCGCGAGACAAUCGAGAAAGGAGUGUCUCCGAUGGCGUUAGACGACAUUGUCGAAACCCGAUUCGAUAAGCUUCUAGAAGAUAUCCUGAAGGUAAACUACAACGCAUAUCAAACUGGCACUAAAUGGUGGCUCAAGGACUGGCAGCCGUCGAAAUAUUUUGUUGACGUUCUCAUCCCUCAUGCACAACGUCUUCAAGACCUCUGGUUAAACAGAUUUGGAACAGCAUAUAAUGACAUAGGUAGACGGCGCCGAAGAGAUAUGUUGGGGAGUUUUGGGUCUUUCCGCGGAAUCGCUUUCAAUCCCCAUGCUCGGAAUAAUGAGGAAUUGUUCAUCGUCCACGAAUCCCACCGUAGUACAGGUAAAUCAAAGCUUUUUGGAGAGCAGGGGUUUAAGCCUGGAGACUGGUGGUUGAACAUGUAUUGCGCCUUUCGUGAUGGUAUCGUAGGGGAUCCACACAGACAAGCAACUCAAGUACCGGGAGGAGCUGUUACGGCAUUGGCUUUAUUACGUGGCGUAGAGAUCGAUGGUGUGGAGCCUGACACAUAUGAGUACACUGUCAAAAUAAAUGCCAAAGAGAUGAUGGCCUCACUACUUGGUCAACGCGGUCGCCCAGUUAGACUACUGCGAGGAUGGGAGUUGGAAUCAAAGUACGCACCAGAAGCUGGCUUACGAUACGAUGGUUUAUAUAUGGUAACAAGCUACAACAUCAAGCUGAUAGAGCAUCGUUCAGGUAGCAGAGCUGCAGACAUGUAUCAAGUGAAGACUGUUCUUAAAAAACGCGAGGGCCAAACUUCGCUGGAUGAGCUAAGCGAAAUCCCUUCUCCGAAGCAGAUGGACGAUUGGGACAUUUUUGGAAAACUCAUCCAUCUGCAACGUCAAACAAUGAAGCAAGAGUUUCGACAAACGGGUUCCAGACCAGGGUAUAACACUCCUUUAACGAUACAUCAGUCUCAGGAGUGA